AGGAGUCAAACGAGCUGGGAGACUGGCGUGGCUUCCAUGAUGCAAAACAAGGUCCAUGCCGUCUGCAGUGAAGGUCACAGUGGAGUAAACCAGCUGGGAGGUGUGUUUGUGAAUGGGAGACCUUUACCUGAUUCUACCAGGCAGAAGAUAGUUGAGCUGGCACACAGCGGCGCUCGACCCUGUGACAUAUCCAGAAUACUACAGGUAAACUCAGCGUACGUCACACGUGCACAUCGGCUGACACUGGUGUCAAACGGCUGCGUGAGUAAGAUCUUGGGCCGGUACUACGAGACCGGUUCGAUCCGUCCUCGGGCCAUAGGAGGGAGCAAACCCAGGGUGGCCACUCCAGAGGUGGUGGGAAAGAUCGCUCAGUACAAGAGAGAGUGUCCGUCCAUUUUCGCUUGGGAGAUCAGAGACCGACUGCUGGCAGAAGGAGUCUGCACCAACGACAACAUACCCAGCGUUUCAUCCAUAAAUCGAGUGCUCAGGAACCUGGCCAGUGACAAGCAGCAAAUGGGCACAGUGGGAGCUGAAGGGAUGUUCGACAAACUCAAGAUGCUCAAUGGACAAACCACCUGGGGAGGACGCUCAGGGUGGUACACUGGCACCACACUCACUACCACUGAGUGUCCACAGGCAGAGGGAGGGGACAGCACCAUAUCAGUCAGUUCCAAUGGUGAAGACUCUGAGGAGACUCAGAUGAGACUUCAGCUGAAGAGAAAACUGCAGAGGAACAGAACGUCUUUCACACAGGACCAGAUAGAAGCACUGGAGAAAGAAUUUGAAAGGACUCACUAUCCAGAUGUGUUUGCCCGCGAACGCCUCGCCAACAAAAUCGACCUUCCAGAGGCAAGAAUACAGGUUUGGUUUUCCAACAGACGAGCGAAGUGGAGAAGAGAGGAGAAGCUGAGAAACCAGCGUCGUCAGGUGUCCAACUCCUCCAACCACAUCCCCAUCAGCAGCAGCUUCAACACCAGUGUUUACCAGCCUCUACCACAGCCUACUACACCAGUGUCCUUCUCAUCAGGAUCCAUGCUGGGGAGACCAGAUCCAGUUCUGUCCAACAGCUACAGCAUACCAGCCAUGCCCAGCUUCAGCAUGGCGGCCAGCCUGCCGAUGCAAGCCUCCAGCCAGACCUCUUACUCCUGCAUGCUGCCCACCAGCCCCACUGUAAAUGGAAGAAGUUAUGAGACAUAUACUCCUCCACACAUUCAGCCACACAUCAACAGCCAGUCAAUGACGUCCUCUGCAACGUCGUCAACAGGUCUGAUUUCCCCUGGCGUCUCAGUUCCAGUCCAGGUUCCAGGAAGCGAAGCGGACAUGUCACAGUACUGGCCACGCCUGCAAUGA